AUGUCAAAUUUAGCAGACGAGUUGUUAGCUGAUUUGGGCGACGAUUUCGAGAAUCAACCUCAGAACUUGGUGGAGGAGGAGGAGGAGGAGAAAAACGAUGUUCCUCAACAAAAUAAGAAAAAGAGAGGAUUCGAACAAUUAUCAGAAACUGGGAACGAUCUUUCCCUCGAGUUGAAUAAUGAUUUAGGCUCAACAGAAGAUACUGAAGAUCGAAAUGACCAACAGCAGCCUACUACCGCUGAAGCAGAUCAUUUAAUUUACCCAUUCCUUCACUCAGAUCGUUUAAACAAUGUAGUUAGAGAAAUUGAAAAAUAUCAAGGGACCGAGAAACAGGCUAUUACUGGAAAUAUUGAAGACGACCCAGAAUAUCAACUUAUCGUCGACUCUAACUCAAUAGCUAUGGAAAUUGAUGAUGAGAUUCUACGUCUACAUCGUUUAGUGAAAGAAUGGUAUCAUGGUCGUUUUCCAGAGUUGAGUGGGCUUGUCCUAAACGCGUUUGAUUAUUGUAAGACUGUCUUGGCUCUCUUAAACGAUCUUGAAAAUAGCAAAAGCAAACUUUCUUUUCUUCCAUCCGCCACAGUCAUGGUUAUCGCUACUACAUCAACCACCACAACAGGUCGCCCUUUACCGGAGGGGUGUAGUGCUAUCGAACAAUUAAGUGUCGCCAAGGUUAAAAUUAUAAAUUAUGUGCAGUCAAGAAUUAGUGUAGUUGCUCCAAAUUUAUCUACCAUUGUGGGCUCGACAACAGCUGCAAAUCUAAUUGGAAUUGCCGGAGGACUUACUAGAUUAGGGAAAUUUCCAGCUUGUAAUUUACCCGCAUUAGGAAAAAAAAGGCUGACGACAAUCGGAAUUAACAAUCCGGCUGUUAGUGGUGAUUACGGAUUUCUGUACAUGUCUGAUAUUGUCCAAAAAACUCCACCCGAUGCACGAAAACAGGCAAUACGUAUACUUGCUGCGAAGGUUGCAUUGGCUGCUCGGAUUGAUUCCAUUCAUGAAUUUUCUGAUGGUUCCUUCGGUAUACAGACUCGAACAGAGGUAGAAAGGAAAAUUGAAAAAUUAUUAGAGCCUCCGUCUCAACGGCCCACAGUUGCAUUGCCCGUUCCUGACGACAAACCGAAACGUCGUCGUGGUGGUAGAAGAAUUCGCAAGAUGAAAGAACAAUAUGCCGUUACCGAGCUUAGAAAAAUGCAAAACCGUGUUACUUUCGGCAAAGAAGAAGCCGAGGUUCUUAAUUAUGAUGAAUCAGAGGGUCUUGGUAUGCUCGGUCAAGAAGGAGAAGGCAAGAUUCGUGCUGCUUCCAUUGAUACUCGUACCAAACUGAAACUUCCCAAAGCAAGAAAAGCCCAGCUUCAAUCAAUGGCAGCCAAGAAUCCUCUUCAAGCAAGUGGUCUACAAAGUUCAUUAUCGUUUACUCCAGUACAGGGAAUAGAACUUGUGAACCCUUUGUUACAAAGGCAAAAGCAAGUGGAAGACGCAAAUAAAUGGUUCCGAGAUGGGGUUUUUACUCAAAUUAAAAAGGAAUCUAGCGAUACGCAAAAAAAAUUUUCAUGA